CACUAGCUCACCUCGACCACAUUCGAUGUCUUCUUCCAUUACCAUCCCAUCCACCCAAGUCGCUCUCCAUCUCUCGGACGAAACCCCGACUUCUCCUCGCACAUUCAACCUCUCGUCCUCCACGCCCGUGCCACGCCCUGCUCCAGGACACGUUCUUGUGCGCAACGAGGCGGCGGGGCUCAAUCCGCUCGAUGCGCACAUUCAAGAACAGGGCUACUGGCGCGUGACAGUCUACCCGGCGAUCCUCGGGUGGGAAGGCGCAGGCGUUGUCGUCGAGGUCGGCGAGAGCGUCAAGGGGUUCCAGGUUGGCGACCGUGUCGCGUACCAAGGUACCGCAGACGACACCCGCCGCUCUUUCCAGCAGUACAGCGCUCCGCUCGCGACCGCUACGCUCAAGAUUCCCAAGAACAUUUCGUUCGACGAGGGCGCGACAAUUCCGACUGCGUACCUCACAGUUAUCGUGGGUCUAUACCAGGCCGCACCACGCGGGCUAGGUCUCGUUGCGCCCUGGGCAGAGGGCGGCAAGGGCCUUGGCGCGCACAAGGGCAGGUCGAUCUUGAUCAUGGGCGGGUCGUCGCAGAUCGGGCUGGCUGCAAUCCAGCUUGCCCGCCUUGGUGGCUUUCACCCCAUUCUUACGACCGCGUCCUUGAAGCACGAGCCUCUGCUCACCUCCCUCGGCGCUACACAGAUCCUCGACCGCUCGCUCUCAACAUCCGAGCUCGUCUCCCAGAUCAAAUCUCUCACGCAAUUGACACCUCUUGCGCUCGCCUACGACUCGAUCUCCACCGCGGACACGCAGCUCGUGGCGUUCGAUGCCCUCGCGCCGAGCGGCGGCGACCUCGUGCUGGUGCUUCCUCCCCUGCUGGACGAAGCCAAGGUGAAAGCGGAAGAGGCAAGUGGGAAGAAGGUGACCUAUUUCAUGGUCGGUGGUUCAAUCGAUCUACCCGCGGACGAUCACGAUUUCGGGGAGGCGUUCUGUAAAGCUGCUGAGGGAAUGCUGGAGAGGGGUGAUAUCAAGCCCGGAAACCCCGAGAUUGUUGCUGGUGGGCUAAAUGCCGUGUGGCCUGCGCUCCAGAGGCUCAAGGCGGGGCAGGCGAGCGCGUCUAAGUUUGUGGUCAGGCCUUCGGAGACGGUAGUGGCUUGAGUGUCUACUCCUACUUUCCGCGUCGCGUACGCACCAGCCAAUGCGCUUGAACAAGAAAACAAUGAUUCCAUAUCCUCUACUAUAAAAUAUCACUCAUACCUAGUCACACACCUGAUAUCGUCGUCGUAAAACCUUGCCUGCGAACCUAUCAUUACACCCAAAUUACACCCGUGCCUUCCCCGCAUGAAUCGGCACAUCGGCCCGCCAAAGCCGAAUCGUCAUCUUAUCGACGGCACUCCGUCGCGUCGUCCAUCUCC